AUGUCUCAUUCAGGAGCAGCGGUUUUCAAAAAAACAUCAGGUAUUUUGACGAUCAACGAAGAUGCUUCCCCUGCAGAACUUCUAUGGAGAUCUACUGAUGGAGACAAAUCGCAUAAGGUGGUGCUGAAUAGUGUGGACAAAUUGCAGGCAACGCCGGCUUCAAGCGAAAAGAUGAUGCUGCGACUUAUAGGAAAGGUAGAUGAAUCGAAAAAACGGAAGGAUAAUGAAGGCAAUGAGAUCAAGCCCAGUGCGCCCAACCAUGUGUUUUCGUUUAAUAACCGUACCGUCAUGACAAACAUCAAGGACACAUUACAACUGAUCAUUGCACGUUACAAAGAUGAAGAGGUUCAUGAGGAAAAAAUGCGCAAAGAAAGUAGUGCGGCGGCAGCAACUUCAGAUUCAAUACCCUUAAUCAACACUUCAACCCUAGACGAUUCGUUAUCCAGGGAUAAACUACUCGCCAACCUGAAGCUGCAGCAGUCACUUCUAAGAGAAAACAAAACCUUGAUGCGAACUUUUCAAGAAGCGGUCAUUAAUGCAGGUCUACCACCUGACGAAUUCUGGUCGACAAGAGUCCCUCAACUUCGCGCUUUUGCACUCACCACAUCCCAGAGGAGUGGACCUUACAACGUACUAUCGACCAUAAAACCAGUGGCCUCAUCUGACAACAAGGUGAACGUGAGUGUCUCGCGCGAAAAGAUUGUGACAAUAUUUCAGACCUACCCUAUCGUCAAAAAGGCGUACGACGACAGUGUUCCUAAAAACUUCAAAGAACAGGAAUUUUGGGCAAGAUUUUUCUCGUCCAAGCUUUUCAGGAAACUACGUGGAGAGCGCAUCAUGCAGAGUGACCGUGGUGAUUUGAUUAUCGAUCGUUAUUUAACCCUCGACCAGGAAUUUGAUAGAAAGGACGACAAACUACUCCAACAUCCUGUAAAGAAACUCUUAGACUUAGAGGGUAAUAACCAAGACGAUCCAGAACGUCGAGGCAAUAGACCGGAUUUCACCAUGAUACCAGGUGUCGAUGUCAACGGAAACAGCGAUGGAGUUGUUGAUAUAUUAAAGGGCAUGAAUCGGUUGAGUCAGAAAAUGAUAAAAUCAUUGGAAAACGAGUAUUCGAGGAUAAGUUUGAUGGCAGAAGACGUGGACAAGGAGGAAAGGGAUGAACUUUUGUUUAGCGACCUUGAGGAUGUAGAGGAGGCGAAAUACCUAGAAAUCAAGGUGAAGCAACGGAAAGCCGUCGACAGGGAUUCACAUUUGAACGAUAGUGGUACGGAAAGGUUAGCACUGGGUGGGGAAGAAAUAAAAAAUCAAGUAAGCACUGUUUUGAACACACUAACUAAGUCUAUGGAUUUGACAGAAGUUAGCAAGGACAAUGGAAAUAUCAAUAACGAAGUGAACCAAAAUGUAAUACGCGCAGUAAAAAUCAAUGCCAAGCAAGCGAAAACCUCAAAUGUCGGCUCGGUUCUCGGCGCCACAACAGGCCUUACUUCUGUGGGUGAUGCUCCUGAAGUCAAGACGCUGCUACCCUCAGAUUUGCUCGAAAGUUGUCGAGUACUUCACAGCACAUGUUGUGAGUUUUUGAAGCAUUUUUACAUACACUUUCAAAGCGGUGAGCCACGACAGGCUGCAGCCGUAAAAAAGCUUUACAAUUAUUUGAAACAGUGCUUGGACAAGAUUACGACUCUUUUGAGUCAGGUGGAGAAAGAGGAGAACAAUACUCGUGAUGGUUUAGUGGAUCAAUGUAGAGCUUAUUUGAAAACGGUCUUGGAUUCCUUACAUUUGGCAAUCGAAAAGUACGAGGCUGCUGUCGCCGACGCGGACGUUGCGAGAUCCAGAAAAAUAGCAUAG